AUGUGGCGGGAUCGCACCAACCUCUACAUAUCCUACCGCCAAUCCUUCGCCCACCACCCCGCAAAGAAGCCACGUUUCGGCGCUUCAAAUGGCUUCGACGCACCCUCCCAACCGGAAGAAAGCCGGCGCCUCAUCUCCGAGACGGGCGGGUUCGAAGAAGAUGGCGACAUGGUGAUCGAGAUGGAUCUGCUACCGCCGCGCUGGGUCGACGUACAGGAAGAAGUCUCGGAGCUAUUGGCGGAUAUUGCGCAAAAGUCCGCGCAGCUGGAUAAGCUGCACCAGAAGCACCUGCUUCCCGGAUUCGGCGAUGAGGAUCUUAGAAGACAGGAUGAGGGUGUUAUUGAGGGCCUGACGCAGGAUAUCACGCGCAGCUUUCAUAAUUGCCAGAACUCGAUUAAGAGGAUUGAUUUGAUGGUGCGCGAGUCGAAGCAGCAGGGCGGAGUGACCAGUGGAGAGGAGACUAUGGCGAAGAAUAUACAGAUCUCUCUCGCGUCUAGGGUGCAGGAGUCGAGUGCCCGUUUCCGAAAGAAGCAGAGUACUUAUCUCAAGAAACUACGAGAUCUGGAAGGCCUAUCAACGCCAUUUGACCGCUCACCAACCCCCGUGCAAAAUCCAUUCACAGAUCCCUCCCUGAUGGAAUCGGAAGUGGACAAGUCCUUCUCUCAGACGAUGUUGAUGCAGACACAACAACGUGCCACGGGCCAAAACGACGCAGCCAUCGCGCAACGAGAACGCGAAAUCAAUGACAUUGCAAAGGGCAUUAUCGAGCUCUCCGAUAUCUUCCGCGAGCUGCAAACUAUGAUCAUCGAUCAAGGGACGAUGCUGGAUCGCAUUGACUAUAAUGUGGAACGGAUGGGUACCGAGGUCAAGGCUGCAGAGAAGGAAUUGAAAGUGGCUACGAACUACCAACGACGUACCACAAAGCGCAAAGUCAUGCUCCUGUUAGCUCUUGUGGUGAUAGGUCUGAUCAUCGUUCUGGUGGUGAAACCAAAAAAACACAGCUCCCCGUCCCCGUCGCCGGAACCCGAAGAGGAGUCCUCGAAUAAUAUCAGGUCUGUGCUGAUCUCGGUUGACAGAAUGAGAAGACAUCCGACAUCCAGGCGGUUCUCUCGAGAUCGCUGGAUAGAUCCGGAUAUAUUUCGAUGA